GGCACUCUGCCUCUCUCUCUCCUCCAGGCCGCAAUGGGCUGCUUCCCGAGACUCCUGCUGGCACUGGGGCUGGCAGUGGCCUUAGUGCAGCGUUUGGGGGCCCAGGAGAGCAGGAACCAGGCAGAGGAAGAGGAGGAAGAGGAGGACCAGGGGGUCUUGGUGCUCAACCAGAGCAACUUUGCCCAAGCCCUGCAGAAGCACAAGCUGCUCCUGGUGGAGUUCUGUGAGUAGCAGCUGCUGCAGGGGGGAGAGCUUGAACGGGGCACCACCGGGGGCUCCCCUGGCCUGCACCCCAAGGCAAAAAGCAGCAGGCGCUGGGAGGGGGCAGGUGGGGCAAACCGGAGCGCCCCAUUCAGGCUGCUUGGUUGCUUGGGGGAGGGGGCACAGCGGACCCUGUUGAGAGACAUCCCCUCCAGCAAGGAUACCCUCUCAACUAGGGCCAGGGCCUUUUCAGCACUGGCCCCGACUUGGUGGAACGCUCUGUCGCAAGAGACCAGGGCCCUGCGGGACUUGACAUCUUUUUGCAGGGCCUGCAAGAUGGAGCUGUUCUGCCUGGCCUUUGGCUUGGACUUAGUCUGACCCCUUAUAUUGGUGUUUGUAUUGGUGUUUGGUAUAUAAAUUUUGCCUUGGCUUUUUUGCUGGCCCAUAUAGGACCAGCAUGGGUGAAUAUCUGAUGUUUCCUCCCCUUAUGUUCUUGAUUUAUGGGCUACUACUAAGAUGAGGCUGCAUUUUAAGCAGUAUUUUAAUUAACUUUUUCCCUCAUUACGUUUUGUUGUAAUUUAUAUUUGGUGUUAGCCGUCCUGAGCCUGGCCCUGGCUGGGGAGGGCAGGAUAUAAAUAAAAAUUUAUUAUUAUAAUAUUAUUCUUACCCUUCUUGUAGCUCCUGCCUCACCUUCCAGCUUCCCACCCCACCCCAGCUGUGUCCUCCUGUGGCACCACAGAGCUGCUUCUGUUGGAGCAAACCUGUUUUAUGCGCUGGAAGGUGAAAAAGAGAGGAACGAGAUGAGAUUAAGCAAACGCGGCUAUCAGCAGCCUAUGGGGAGAGCAAACAUGGCACGCCAGGCCCAGGGGACAGGAGGGAGGGCAGCCUACAGAACCACACUCUCCUGCUGUGCCUGUGGCUCCUGAGACCCACUGGUGUGCAUGUUCCCCCCUCCCCCAUCACCACCACAAUGGGGUUGCUCUGGCCCCACACUCAGAGACAGCAAAUGCUUCCCAAGGCCAGUUGCUGGAAACCGCAGGAGGGAAGAGUAGCUCUCGCACCCAGGUCUUGCUUGUGGGCUUCCCUGUGGGGCUUCUGGCUGACCACUGGGAGAACAGGAUGCUGGACCCGAUCCAGCAGGCUCCUCGGAUGUCCUUACACACCUCCACACUGCUAUUGGUUUCCUGUGGGGUUGACGCUUCACCCCUCCUCCUUUCCCCUCCCAGAUGCCCCCUGGAGCAGUCACUGCCAGGCCCUGGCCCCGGAGUACGCCAAGGCCGCCGCCCUGCUGAAGGAGGAGGGCUCUGCGCUGCGCCUGGCCAAGGUGGACGGGGAGCAGGAGAAGGAGCUGAGCGCAGAGUUCGGAGUCAGCAGCUUCCCCGUCCUCAAGCUGUUCAGAGACGGCAACCGCACUCACCCGGCGGACUUCACAGGUCAGAAGAGGCAGUGGUUUUGUGGGGUGUUCUCAGCCGCUCUGGACCUCCCCAGUCGGAGGCAGGGUGGCUCUGAAUACCCAUUGGUGUGGCCCUUGGGUCCCUUUGGGGGCAUCCGGCUGGCCCCUUUGAGAACAAGAUGCUGGACUAGAUGGGCCUGAUCCAGCAGCAGCUGGGAUCUCCCUUGGUUCGUAUCGUGUGGCUCUUUGGGCAUGAGGUGUCAAGCGAGGGAGCUCCCCUCUUCCUCCAGUAGCUCACAGAUAUGAAUUAACGAGCAGUUGAUAGAUUUAUAGUCCUUUAUUACAACAUCGUUUUGCACACACAGACAACCCUCUGCAAGGAGAUCAGUUGCAUAUUCUGAAUCCGACUUCCAGCUUCCGCAGCAAGGAGUGCGCCAAUGGGAAGUCCCUCCCCCUCUCAGUCUCCUUUCUUCUCUGAUACGUUCGGACCUCUGAGUCCAAGGGGAGAGGGGUCUCCCCCCCCCCACUUUCAAUUGAUGUAUCUUCCAGCUGCCCCCUCCCUUCCGGAUCUCUUGUCAUUAUCUCGUAGCUGGGUAACUCCUCCCUAAUCUGUUCAGCUUCUAUGUUUGUUUCUGCUUCUCUCUCUGCUUCUGGAAAUGCUGGAGGUGCGGGGGGGGAUAUUCCCCCUCCACUUCCGAGAGGGGCUUAUCUGUCUACGACUGCAUUCCCCAGUCUUCAGAUCCAGACCAUUCCCUGACAUGAGGGCUUCACCUCAGAGGGAGCAACAAGAGCUCUUCGCUUGCAGCUCCUCGCCUAGAUUUCCUGGGAUUGCAUUCGCCCUCUUUGCAGUGGCAUCACGUCAGGGGCUUAUACUCAUCUGAACCUCAGCCGCCAUGAGCCCCUGUGAGAGGAGUGGCACCAUUCGCCUCUCUCCUUUCUUAACACAGCACCGGGUCAAGGAGCCCCACAACUCACACUUUUGCCGCCCGUUUGCCAGGCCAGCGAGACGCAGAGGGAAUCGUGAAGUGGCUGAAACGGAAAGCUGGGCCCAGUGCGGUGCUGCUGGAGAAUGCCAGCCAGGCGGCUGCUUUCCUGGAUGCCAACGUGGUGGCGGUGGUCGGAUUCUUCCCUGUGAGUGCCCCGCUUGCACCUCUGCACUCCUGCAGCCAAGCCAAGCUCCCAAUCCUGAGCUGCUGUUUCCUGGUGGUGCAGCCUGCUGCCCGUUCCCUGCAGCUGGGAAAGGGAGGAAAUGUGAGGGUCAGCCUUUGGCACAUUCCAGGGGACAUUUGGGGCCCAACUGGCAGGCUGGGGAGCCCCCAGGGAGUUGCUGUCUUAGGGCAGCUUCCCCGCACCCAAGGCCCUGCUGGGGGAAGCAGGUCUCCCAGAACGAGACUCUCUUUCCUCUCCACAAACGGAGCACAGGCCUCGGAUAUCCUUUGCGUGCUGCUCCUGGCAUCCUGUGCCCGGCUCAGCCGCCGCGCAUUCCUUGCAGGACCUGCAGGAUGAAGACGUGCGCCUCUUCUACGAUGUGGCCAGCGAUGCUCCGGACAUUGCCUUCGCACUCACCAACCGCUCGGAGAUCUUUGAGAAGUUCAACGUGACCCACCCUGGCACCGUCUCUCUCUUCCGGAAGGUGAGAGCUAGGCCAGGCGGGCACUUCCAGGAGCUUAGCAGGGUUGGUUAAAAGACCAGGGGGGGGGGAGCAUUUAGAGGCGAGGCGUUUCUUUCUGUGACUGGUGCAGCUGCUGAGAUUUAGAUGGUGCUCCCUGGAUCUGCCCAGACAGACUCUGUCUCCACUUGUCACCAUUUUUCGAGUGGAAUUUUUUGGAGACAUCCCUCAAGUACAGCUGAAGGCAGUAUAUUCAAUCUUGCGAGAGUAAAAGUGCGUCUAUAUUUUAGAAUUAUUAAGUUAUGCAAACAGGGUGCCAGAGAGUCAAGAUGACUGGGUGAAAAAUAGUCAUACCAUGGGCAAAAUUUCCUUAUUGUGGCCAGAUUGUUCUGUCGCUCGAUAUCAUUUUAAGCGCUGCCUAAUUAAGUUGUUCGCUUUUCUAAAACCCAGUGUGAGUAGCUGGGUUAUCAUCCCUCUAUUAUUGUCCAUUCUGGGUUGCCCAACCACAGUUACAGUGUCCCUUCUCUUGACAGAUCAAGAUGAGCAGGUGACAGCAAAGGUUGCAAGGUUUUUUGCCAGGGCAAUUAGCAUAAGAUCCCUUAUUUGACUAUUAACCCAAACCCCCAAAAUGUUUUUUAUAUAAUUGACUUUUUACCUUUAUCCUCUGUAUACCACAAUUUUGUUUGCUUUACAGUGGUACCUCGGGUUAAGAACUUAAUUCGUUCUUAACCUGAAACUAUUCUUAACCUGAGGUAUCACUUUAGCUAAUGGGGCCUCCUGCUGCCACCGCGCGAUUUCUGUUCUCAUCCUGAAGCAAAGCUCUUAACCCAAGGUACUAUUUCUGGGUUAGCGGAGUCCGUAACCUGAAGGGUCUGUAACCUGAGGUACCACUGUAUUGUUAUGGCUGGUGGCUGGUGCAAAGAAAGAUUAAUUCAUUCAUUCUCUUGCAGCACGAUGAGUCCCGGGAAGACUUCCUGGUGGAUGAAGAGCUGGGCCUGGACAGGGCAGAGCUGGCACAAUUCAUCCUGGCGCAGAGCCUGGAGCUGGUGAUGGAGUAUACGAGCCAGGUGAGAGGGUGCAGUUCCUCAGAGGGAGACCCUUCUUCCUCCUGGCUGCCAGCCAGAGCCCAGCUCCUCCUGGCUCUUUCUUGCCAGGGUUGCUUGUCCCUUUUAGGGAUUUUCCAGCAUUGCAGGGGGUUGGCCCAGAUGACCCUGGGGGGGGGCCUUCCAACUCGUGACCUCCCCUUCUAGCAAGCAAAGCCCUGCCACAGCUCAGCACCACCAGAGGGAGAGGAGCCACUGCGUGUCAGGCUCCAGGGAAUCUGAUCCCUCCUACUGUGGCAGCCAAGUAGCAGAUAAAAAAAGAAGAGUUCUUACCAAGUCUUUUAUUCAAUAUCUACAGAGAGAGAAUGCAGAAAUUGUGGGAAUGUUCAGGGAGGCAGGAGAGGAUAUAUUGUUUAUUAAUAUCCUUCCUAACUUGCGCUAGCAAGUUCUAUAACCUAGCAGAGUUUUAACAGUCCUCUUUAAACGCACAGUGGGUAGCUGGUUGCAAGCAUGUUUAAGCUUCUCGAUAUAGAUUCCUGGUAAGAUCCCUUAUUUCCCUCUUAAAAGAAUAAACACACCACAAUCUUAUUUAAGAGAUAUAAAAGUAGUUUACUCACAUCAUCAGUUCACAGUUGGAUCCCUGAAGGCAGACUUAGUUACAAAGUAUAUCCAUGUGAGUCUAUCCCAUAUGGAGAUAGUCUCUUUGUCCUCUGUUGGCCAACAGAGCAUCUCUAGCUAAAAAGCUGCUCCAACGAAGAGAGGAAGUCAAAGAGAGAUGGCUGCAUGCCUUGUGCUUUUGUUACCUGGACAGGUAAGGUCAUGCCCACCUCUAGUCACAUGCAAAGGAAGUAUGUCCCAGCCCAGGAGGAAACAGGAAGUUUUCGACUGGCUGGUCCAAACAUCCCCUUGCAUGUCCACUCUAGGAAAACAAGGAAUGUUGUACUUGACUGCUACUUAUGUAUCACAUCCCACAGAAAUGCCAUCUCUCCUAGAUAAUGGCAUUGCUCUGAGUAAAGUCCCACCCCCUCUGCCUCUCCUAUUCUACGUCAUCCCUGCUCCAGUUGAGCUGCGCUUUCUGCCUCUAAGCUUUCUGCUCUACUACUCUCAAUGCACGCCUGGUCCUGGGAGAGGGGGGGUCAAGAAUGCUUUUGAAUGAUAACGUGUCAGCCAGCUGCUCGGGCUCUGCUGCUUCCCCCUCCUCUUCCAUUAUGUCCCAGCUUUUUCCCUCUUCUGUCUCAGAGUCAUGACCUUCUGCAAACCACCAUUGUAAUUCUAUACCGCCCUCCUCUUCUUGGGAAGGUUCAGGAGAAGAAGGGGGGCUGUCUCUAUCAUUCCUCCUCUGAUGUCCAGUCCCUGACGCUGCGGGUGGGACCCCUCUGCUCAGUGGAAGGACCCCUGCUGGGUCACAGUCAGCUCUGGGCCUUUGGAUCUGCCUGGCAGGGAAGGGGGGUCCUGAGAGCCCAGCGCAGCCCCCUCGCCAUUUCUGCUGCAGAGAUGCGGGCUUCCUCCCUGGGGAGAGUGGGCUACUCUUCUGCUUCUGGGAUUUUGGGGCACCUGUCCUCACUGUCGGAACUAGCGUUCGGCCAAGCUACCCCUCCGGUCGAGCCCUCCGGCGGUGAUUCACGACCUGAGCCUUUGAUGAGGCUCCAGGCAUGUUCCCUCAUUACGCAGAGUAUCCAAGCAGCAGAAGGACGAGAAAUAUGAGCUACAUUGCUAAGAGCUUUAUUUCUAACUACGCAGACAGAAAAGAAUAUACAUCCUCUCUCUGUGAAAGCAGAGAGGCAACUGGAAUAAAGGAACAGGAAACCAGUAAUAUCAACAUCAGUCUCCCGUGAGACUUCCAACAGUCUGGAAUGUCUGGAAUGUAAAGAGAGUCUUGUGACUCCAAGCACUGCACAGUGGCAAAACAGAAACCUAACAUCCUUCCCCUUUCUGUGAACACCACUGGGCAGUGUGUCAAAACAGAAGCCUAACACUUACACCCCUCCACCCCUGGGGGGUCCCCGCUGUGACAUUCCCAAACCAAAGGAAGGAUUAGACUCUGAUUAAUAGAAGACACACAGAGGCUUGACCAGCAAGACUCUGAGAGGGGUGCAUAUAAUAAUAAUUCCUGUCCACCCUUCGGCCCAGAUUGUUUUAUUCACAAAAGAACUUUUUACACAGUGUACCUAAGAACCAAUCAGAUUUCCUCUGAGCAUUUCAAAACCCCCACGUGGGGACAAAGUUAAACUACAAAAACUAAUUAAGCAUGCAUACUUCUGGGGUAAAUAAAACAGAACUAAAAAGGAGGGAUGCAUUCAGCAACCCCGGAGGUCAUAAACAGCAAUAAACAUGGCAAGGACGAUAGGGAUCUCUAUCACCUUCAUGUGAAAAACUAUUUCUUGGCCCUAAUAUGAACAAAAUCAAGGAAGGGCACAUCAAAGAACUGCCUACUAUCUUUCAUGGCCUGGCAAAGCAACUGGUAACUGGGCUGUGUACGUGACUUGUCAAGCAAGAGAAAUAGGACAGGGAUGCGGAGGCAUGGAUUGAUAAAAAUCAUAACAAAAUGGCUUAAACCCAGUCAACGCCCUGAGAGACUAUUUCGAAAUAAAUUUGAACACGACGACAGAAAAAAGAGUGAUUUGGGAUGCUAGUAAAGCGGUGAUGAGAGGAUUUUUGAUACAACAAAAUGCAAUUAGGAAAAGAUACCAAAAUGAGAAGAGAGAAAAAAUCUGGAGAAAAUAAAGGAUGGAGAAAAAAGACUGAGAGCGAAACCGAACUCACAGGAGAUUUUAAAAGAAAUAAAGCUAUACCAAGUACAGUAUAUGAAAUUGAUGAAUCAGGAGAUAGAAUGGAAGAUUCAACAGAUGAAACAAAAGACCUUCGAAUCGGCAAAUAAAUGUGGGAAGUUAUUGGCCUGGCAAAUGAAGAAAAGACAAAAGCUGAAUACAAUUACAAACUUGGUUGUAGAAGGAAAGAGCAUACAGAAUCCUGGAGAGAUUCGGAAGUGCUUUCAGAAUUAUUUCAAACAGCUAUAUACGCAGGAGGCUCAGAAAGAUUUAGAUAUUGACAGAUUUUUGGAAAAUAAUGGAUUACAAAAAUAUCUCAGGACAGUAAAUCAAUAUUAAAUUCGACUAUAUCUGAUCAAGAAGUGGAAGGAGCCAUUCUGAAUAUGAAAUUGGGCAAAUCCCCAGGGCCAGAUGGACUAACUGCAAAGUAUUACAAAACUUUGAAAGAAUGGCUAUUGCAACCGUUGAAAGAACUUUGUAAUGAAAUACUACGGGGAGGAAGAGCACCCGAGUCGUGGAAAGAAGCGUACAUUACACUUAUACCAAAAACCGAGGGGAGAAGACACAGUUGAAGAACUACCGUCCCAUAUCCCUGCUAAACGUGGAUUACAAAAUUUUUGCUGAAAUUAUGGCUAAGAGAUUAAAAAUGUAUUGGUAAAAGAGAUUCAUAAAGACCAGGCGGGUUUUCUGCCUGGAAGACAUUUGUCAGACAACACUAGGAACAUCAUUAACAUUUUGGAAAAACUGCAAGUUAAUAUUAACACUAAAGCUGUUUUAAUAUUUGUGGAUGCAGAGAAAGCGUUUGAUAAUAUUUCUUGGAGUUUUAUGAAGAAAAAUUUGCAGGGGAUGGGGUAGGCCAAAGUUUCGAAAAUGGUAUAGGUGCAAUUUACUCGGAACAAAAGCUAAGCUUAUUGUGAACAAUGUAGUUACAGAAGAACUUAAGAUAGAGAAAGGAACAAGACAGGGUUGCCCAAUCUCCCCAUUGCUUUUUAUAUCGGUCCUUGAGGUUCUGCUCAAUAUGAUUAGAAAAGACCAAUUGGUUAAAGGUAUACAACUCGGAGCUAAACAGUAUAAAUUGAAAGCUUUUGCUGAUGAUUUAGUUUUGACAGUACAGGAGCCAGAAGCUAGCACAAAAGGGUGUUACAAUUAAUACAAGAAUUUGGUCAAGUAGCUGGUUUUAAAUUAAAUAAGAUGAAAACCAAGGUAUUAGAGAAAAAUCUUACAGAGAUAGAGAAGGAGAGAUUCCAGAAAGAGACAGGAUUAACAAUUGUUAACAAAGUGAAAUAUUUAGGGGUGAACAUGACUGCUAAAAAUGUGAAUUUGUUUAAAGAUAAUUAUGAAAAAUGUUGGUCAGAGGUGAAGAAAGAUCUAGAAAUAUGGUCAAAAUUGAAGUUAUCAUUGCUUGGCCGAAUUGCUGCGAUAAAGAUGAAUGUAUUGCCUAGAAUGUUGUUCUUGUUUCAAACAUUACAAAUUGUGGAUAAAAUGGACUGUUUCAAGAGGUGGCAAAGAGACAUUUCCAAAUUUAUCUGGCAGGGCAAAAACCUAGAAUAAAAUUUAAGAUAUUAACAGAUGCAAAGGAAAGAGGGGAUUUGCCCUGCCAGAUCUUAAACUUUACUAUGAAUCAGCCGCUUUUUGCUGGCUGAAAGAUUGGCUACUUCUUGAAAACGUGGACAUUUUGGAUUUAGAAGGUUUUGACAACGUUUUUGGAUGGCAUGCAUAUUUAUGGUAUGACAAAGUUAAAGCGCAUAAGGCCUUUGAGAACCAUAUUGUCAGGAAAGCAUUGUUUAAUGUUUGGGUGAGAUAUAAGGACUUGUUGGAAAGUAAAACACCAAGGUGGCUAUCACCAAUGGAGGCAAAGGCAUUGAAAAAAACCAAUAUGGAGACAAACUGGCCAAAAUAUUGUGAAAUUUUAGAACAAGUUGGAGAUAAAUUAAAAUUGCAGAAUUUUGACAAAUUAAAAACCAAAGUCAGAGAUUGGUUGCACUAUUAUCAAAUAAGGGAGGUUUUUAACUUAGAUAAAAGAUUGGCUUCCAGGAGGAAAAAUCCAAACUGGAAACGGAAUUGUUAGAACCUAAAACUAAAAAUUUGUCAAAAAUGUAUAAUUUGCUGCUGAAAUGGAAUACACAGGAUGAAAUGGUUAAAUCUGUUAUGAUUAAAUGGGCGCAGGAUGUUGGGCAUAACAUUAUGUUUGCUGACUGGGAACGGUUAUGGACCACAGGUAUGAAAUUUACGGCUUGUAAUGCUUUAAGAGAAAACAUAAUGAAAAUGAUUUACAGGUGGUACUUAACCCCAGUCAAGCUAGCAAAAAUUUAUCACUUGCCUGAUAAUAAGUGUUGGAAAUGUAAAGAAAACGAAGGUACUUUCUUUCACCUUUGGUGGACGUGCCCAAAGAUCAAGGCAUUCUGGGAAAUGAUAUACAAUGAAUUAAAAAAGGUAUUGAAAUAUACUUUCUUAAAGAAACCAGAGGCCUUCCUCUUGGGCAUGGUCGGCCAAUUGGUGCGAAGGGAAGAUAGAACUUUUUUUAUGUAUGCGACAGCAGCAGCAAGAAUACUCAUCGGGAAAUAUUGGAAGACACAAGAAUUGCCUACCCGAGAAGAAUGGCAGAGAAAAGUGAUAGACUAUAUGGAACUGGCUGAGAUGACUGGAAGAAUUCGAGACCAAGAAGAAGGGUUGAUGGAACAAGAUUGGAAAAAGUUUAAAAUAUAUUUACAGAAUUACUGUAACAUAAAUGAAUGUUAGGAAAGGUUGGAGAAGAAAUAUUAGACCGUAUUGGCAGACAGAGUAUAAUGGAAUUAAGUAAAUAUAAAGUGUAAACUAAAGGAUAGAGGAGAAUUAAAUAUUUUUGAAUGUUAAAAUGUUAAAAUAAGUGAAUGAAAAGAAGGUUAGAAGGAUUUGCUGGAGAUACAAUUUGAAUUAGAAUACAAAGCAGAGAAGUGAGAGGAAGUCACGGAAAUAAGUAAAUGGGAAAACGGUUUGUUAAAUUUGAAUUCUUUUUUUCUUGUUAUUUCUUUAUUGUGAUUUUUGAUUUUGUGUAUUUUUCCUUUUUCAUUUUUUUUUUCUUGUAUGGUGUGUAUUUUUUGUAAGAUGUAUGUGACUGGUUUUCUUGUUUUGUUUUUUCUUUCUUUUUUGUAAUUUUAAAACUUGAAUAAAUAUUCUUAAAAAAAAAUAAAAAUAAAUAAACCCAGUCAACGCAAUGCUUUCAUCGCUGACACAGAUGGCUUGCUCCAUAUUUGGUAUAAUUCCUCCUAGCAAUCCCACCUGAUCACUACACCCGCCUGUGUCUUUCCCCUAGAACUCCUCCAGGAUAUUUGGGGCAAAGAUCCCAAACCACCUGCUGCUCUUCAUCAACAAGACGCAGGACUCUCAGCUGGAGCUCCUCCGCAGCUUCCGGGAUGCUGCCCCUGCCUUCAGGGGACAGGUGAGCACCCCUGGCCAAGCGGCACAUUUGCCCUGGGGCUUUGGGGUUGGGGGGUCCCAUGCAGGGAGGGGCUGGGGUUUGUGUGGGUGCUGUGUUUUCUGCUUCUGGGAGGCGAGUCCCAGGGAGCAUAUUCCUGCCCUACCAGGGGUUGGGCUAGACGCAUCUCUGCCCCUCUAUGCAGGUGCUUUUCGUGCUGGCCGACGUCAACGGGGAAGGAGCCCACAUCCUGCGCUUCUUUGGCCUCAAAAGCCACGAAGCUCCCGCCAUCCGCUUCAUCAACAUCGAGAGCAACAGGAAAUACCUCUUGGUCGCAGACGGAUCCCUCACGGCUCCUGCCAUCCAUGCCUUCUGCCAGGAGGUGAUGGAGGGCAAAGUCCAGGUGGGCAGCCACAUGGUCAGGCUGGGUGUGGGGGGGAGUAAGGGACAAGGACUCUUUUUUAUAUUCAUUUUUAUUAGGUGUUUUUUUUGUUGUUGUUAAAAAAAAUGUAUUUCACAUACAAUUUAUCAUUCAUUUAUAUGUUUCUUUUUGUCUUCCCACCCACCCCACGCUGAUGUUUUUUAUCCUUAAUUGCUGCAUUUAUACUUGUUACAGUACUAAACCCCCCAAUUCCAUCUGAUCUUCCUUUUUUUCUCCCGCUCAUAUUUCAAAUCCACUCCUACCAUUCCUGUUCAUGGAACGUUUAUUUGAUUCUUAUUAGUUUGUGACCCCAUGCACAUUUUGUAUGUCCUUUUUUUAUGAAUUUUGAAACAGUAUAGUGUUAUAAAAAUAGUCAGUAUAUUAUUAGCUGGCAUGUUGCUUGUUGUUGUUCAUAUUUCAAAUCUUGCACGCAAUUUCCUAUUGCUAAAAUAUUUUGGCAGGUAGUCCAAAAAAAAGGCCUCCCAUUUUCCAUAAACAGUUCAUCGCUGUGUCUGUCCUCUGAGUUUUACCAUCAGUUUUGCCAUUUCAGCAUAGCCCAUUCAUUUUAUAAGCCAUUCUUCUCUGGCUGGAGUCUCUUUGCAGGCUCUUCAGGGAUGCCACUGUCAGGAGCUCAUCCUACACUCGAGUAGGACCCUGGUAGAGACACAUGCCCAACUGGCAUGUUCUCUCCCUCCUGGUCAUUCGUUCGGGAGUUAAAAAACUUUCUUCUGCCCGAACAUCACAGCGACCGAUGCCAACAGACACCGGCACACUUGGGGAUCUGCAGAGUUUGCGCAGUUGCAUAACAGACCUCAGCAACUCAGCAUUUUGGCUAAUCUACUUUAUUUACAGUGGUACCUCAGGUUACAUACGCUUCAGGUUACAUACGCUUCAGGUUACAGACUCCGCUAACCCAGAAAUAGUGAUUCAGGUUAAGAACUUUGCUUCAGGAUGAGAACAGAAAUGUGCUCCAGUGGCGCAGCAGCACUGGGAGCCCCCAUUAGCUAAAGUGGUGCUUCAGGUUAAGAACAGUUUCAGGUUAAGAACGGACCUCCGGAACGAAUUAAGUACUUAACCCGAGGUACCACUGUACAUAUAAACACACACGGAGCACUGCAACAUGGCUCCCUCUCUCUCUAGCAUCAGACAGCAAAGAGAGAAAGAACGAAGGACAAUAGCCCUAUUUCACGGAACACAGUAACACAAAACAUCCUGUCUCCGUCACUUCCCACACUGUGGAAUGAAAACUUACACCGUCAUGUGAUAGACAACAAUCCCAUGACUGCAAUCACGGAGCAGGAAUUCUAACAGCCACCCUCCCUCACCCCAGAUGGGAAGGAGCUCUGCCCUACAGGUGAGCUGCUGGUGGGGCAGUGGCCGCAGCCUCCGCCAGGCCCCCUCUCCCCCCAGCAGUAGGGAAGGGGCCAAAAAUUCAGAGUGGAGGAGGCUGCCUCCCUUGCAGUGGGGGGAGACCCAUAGGCCUGAAGUCUCUCACCACUCCUGGUCUUGUAGUAAGGUUAAAGCUUACUGGGAAAUGAUAUAUAAUGAAUUUGAAAAUAUGUUUAAAAUAACGUUUGUAAAAAAAAACCCCAAAAAACCCAGUAGCUUUCCUUUAGGGAAUUGUAGGGAGAGAACUACCCAAACUGUACAAAAAUUUAUUCAUGUAUGCAAUUACAGCGGCAAUAAUAUUUUUAGGCCCAAAAAUGGAAAGAGGAAGAAGUCCCAGAAAAAGAAGAAUGGAUACAAAAACUUAUGGCAUAUGCAGAAAUGGCGAAACUUAUAAGAAAAAUAAGAAAGAUAGCAAACUUUUUAUAAAAGAAUGGAAAUGGUUUAUUGAAUAUUUACAAACUGUAAACAGAUAAGAACAUUGGCAGGAUUAUUGUAAUAACCUGCAGUUUUAUAAGAGUAUGAAUUUAAAGUAGAUGGAUAAAUGAGCAAAUUAAGUUAAUUUGGAUGUGCAGAGAAUAUUAAAAAUAAAUUUAAGGACCUACAGAAAGAGGGGGGAGGAAGUCAAGUUUUGAAAUGUUAAAAUGAUUGUAAAAUUAUUGAAAUGUAUCAAACUGAAAAUCAUAAAUAAAAUAAAAUAAAAUAAAAUAAAAUAAAAUAAAAUAAAAUAAAAUAAAAAUAAAAAACAAGUCUAUCACCACUCCACCGACCCACAGCACUAAGGGUUGCUUCAUCUUUCCAGCCGUACCUGAUGAGCGAGGAGAUUCCAGAGGACUGGGAUAAGGCGCCCGUCAAGACCCUGGUUGGCAGAAACUUUGAUCAAGUGGCAUUUGAUGAGAGCAAGAGCGUCUUUGUGAAGUUCUGUAAGCAGCACUUUGGGACUGGGGAGGAGGAACCUCAAAGCUGUCUCUGAGGCUCGUCCGCGUUCCCUCCGGGCAUCCUGUGGAAGCUUACUGGGAGGGCAGAAAAAGCAGCGGCCAGCCCUCCUUGGGGGUUUUCUCCUCUCAUCCUCAGUUAGCAGAAACAGGCUUGCCCCAGACUUUUCAGGUACAUAUACAGAGCUCAAGGAUAUAUACAUAUACAGAACUGCAGGAAUCUUUUUGCCCGGUGUGGGACUCAAACCCACAACCCUGAGAUUCAAAGUCUCAUGCUCUACUGACUGAGCUAUCUCCAGGAAAAUUGCUGCUGAGAGACCUUGCUUGCUUUGCAGACUUUCAGAGCCCAGCCCUUUCCAAGCGGUUCAGAAAACAUUUAUUACAAAAAUCACAUAGAAAUAAUUUACCAGUGUGAUAACAAAUGUAUAUCAGCCAAACAGUCUGGAAUUUAUAAAGUCUUCAGGAUACUUUGAAAUGGGGCCAGGAUACUCAAUGGGGCCAGAAUUCCCUGAGGAGGAAAUCCCGAAAGGCUGGGCCCACCACUGAGAAGGUCCCGUUCCCCAUUUUUAACAAUCGAUUGGGAGCUGCUCAUAGUAGCUGGGGAAACUCAGCCAGAUGGGCAGGGUAUAAAUAAUAAAUUAUUUAUUGUUAUUAUUAUUAUUAUUAUUAUUAUUAUUAUUACCCAUCAAUCCAAUAGGCCAUAACAGGCCACAACAGAGCGGGGUCUUUGAAGCUGAACUUACAAGUCCCGGUGGGCUUACAGUGGGGCAAGGGGACCCAAACUAUGUAGGGCUUUAACAGUUGAAACCAGGGCCUGAAAAUGGGAGCAGAAAGCAACCGGCAGCCAGUGCAAUUGGUACCAGAUCAGUGCAAACACCCACAGCCAUUACAUCCUCUGUGCCAGUUGUGGGGUCAUUUUUAAAGGCAGCCCCACAGCGAGGUGUUAAGAGGGACGCAGCCAGCACAACUGAAACCAGGUCAGCUUUCUCCAGAGAGGGAUGCAGCUGGUGAACCAACCUGACGACAAAACAGACUUGCGUCUUCCUAACUCCAUCCCUUCUCUUCCGCUUCCACAGAUGCCCCCUGGUGCCCCCACUCCAAGGCAAUGGCGCCCGCCUGGGCAGAGCUGGGCGAGAAAUAUAAAGACCGCGAGGACGUCCUCAUCGCCGAGAUGGACGCCACGGCCAACGAGGUAGCAGGGCUCCCCAUCCCAGCCUACCCAACGCUGUACUACUUCCCUGCAGGGCAGGACAAGAAGGUAAUGCAGAUGCCCCAUGGCGUGGGGGACUGUGGCCACAGAAUGUGCCCAGCUCCUCCGGGACAGUAGAGCAAGGAGGCUCCCCCAGGAGGUAGAAGGGAGGCAGCAGCUGCUUGUGGGGCAAAGCCACGCCAACACCCCCCGUUUUCCACCCCAGAUGAUUGAGUACCGGAGCGCCAGAGACCUGGAAUCCUUCUCGGCGUUCUUGGAGAACGGGGGUGAGGUCCCUCCCCAGGAUGACACCCAGGUGAGUUUCAGCAGCAGCCCCUCAUGCCCACUCCGAACAUUGAGUUUGUCCCUGUUCCCACGGUGACGCUGGGCUCUGGCUUUCCAGGCUGCUGAGACCCCCGAGGAACCCCAGGAGAAUCGAACGAGCCCACCAGGCUCCUCAGAAACAAGAGACGAGCUGUAGAGCCGGCCGUGGCCUCUGAGGGCCUCGCUUCCUUCGUGGCUCCGCUGCACGUUUGCCGGUGGCCAAAAACCUGAGGAUCUGGGACAGCCGCCACGUGAGAGUUGUGCAAUGUAGGGGACAACAGCUCCCUUCGCCCCCCCAUCAGGCUCCCCCUCCUGCCUAAAUGCUGCCCUGGGAAGAGACCAGCAGCCCCUCCCUCCUCGUUUUUAUAUAUUUAUUUAUAUCCCGCCUUCUCCCCUGAAAGGGACUCAAAGGUGGCUUACAGACGAAAACACCAGAAGGAAGCAACAAUUGAAAAGCAAUGAAGCACUAGCAGAAAUCUAGCAUCUAUCAAUCAUAAUGAUCUAUUAAAAACAUGCAGAUAAUUGCA